AUAACGUCACAUAUCAAAUUUACAAUUUUGAAUCUACACCGUCGAAUUUGAUUUGACUCUUAUCGAUUUAGCUGUACGGCAAGGUGAGAAGGGUAAUAAUAAAAAUGGAAACAACAGUGUACCACGCAUUUAAAAUUUAAAAUGGUAACCAAAAGAUAUUUGCUUCUGUCCAAUGAUGAUCAUAUUCCAGAGUGGGAACCCAACGGUCGACUGUCGAGAUUUUCAAAUUUAGUGCCUUUUUCCCUCACUCAGACUCUCUCUCUCCAUUCCAAGUCUCAGUCUCAGGCCUCACUUCCAGACUUCCGGUGGUUGGCCGUCGAAAAAACAAAAAAAAAAAAAAAAAAAAAGAGAAAAAACGCACACAAUGGUGGUGGCUAAACCUAAGGUAUCCUACGAGGAAUGCCGUCGCAAGAGAUUGGAGGAAAACAAGAAGAGGAUGGAGGCCCUCAAUCUCCCCAAGAUUGCUCAAUCUCUUCGAAACUCCUUAACUCCCAAGCCCUCCCCUAUGAAGAGCGUAAAGAAACCUCGCACGUUAGAGAAAGAGGUGGUUGUGGUCAGAAGGUCAAGUCGCGUGGCAAACUUGCCCGCCCCUGUUUAUAAAGAAGUUGUUAUUGAUCGCGUGCUGAUACCUAGAAGGAUUUCUAAGCACAGGGAUUUGUCGAACCGUGUUUAUGCUUCGGAUGAAGCGAGGGCGGCCGCCAUAGAGAUUGCAGAGAAACUACAAUCGGGUUUGGAACCUCAGUAUCCUAACUUUAUAAAAUCAAUGCUCCCAUCACAUGUCACAGGAGGUUUCUGGCUGGGCCUUCCGGUACAUUUCUGCAAAGUGAACCUCCCAAAGAGAGAUGAAGUUAUGACAUUGAUAGAUGAAGAUGGUAAUGAAUACCCAACUAUUUACUUGGCCCGAAAAACUGGACUAAGUGGUGGAUGGAAAGGAUUUUCAGUUGCUCAUGAAUUGAUGGAUGGGGAUGCAUUAAUUUUCCAAUUAGUCCGGCCUUCAGCAUUCAAGGUAUACAUUGUUAGGGUUAAUGGUGAUGGACAGGAUAACCAGUCUUGAGUCUUAUGCAUUUGCAUGUUAAAGCUAUCUUACUCAAUUUUAGGAGUUAUGGGAAUGCAUCUCGACUGUUUAUUCAGAAACCAUGUGGGCUUUCUGAUGCUCUGAUUGACUGCUUAUAUGGAAAGCCUGUGGAUGGCCGUCUUGCCUUUAAUUGAAAUAGCUGUGGCCCUUGUUCAUUGGGUCUCAAAUUUCCUAGUAUUUUUCUUUUUUUGGGGAGGA